AUGGCAGUACCUGGUCCUGACAAGUUCACGAUACUUGAUAUUAGUGGAAAAUUCUAUCUGGACAAGUCACUGAGCGACUCCACUGACGAGAUUCUGCGCCUUCAAGGUGUAAGCUGGUGGAAACGAAAGGCCAUCUCCAUCGGAACAGUGACUCUGUAUAUCAAACACUACAGAGACGACCAAGGGACCGAGAAGAUUGACAUUGAUCAGACCGUCGCUGGUAUCUCUGGCACUUCCGAGAAGAGGACGCUUGAUUGGACAGAGAGGGAGAAUAAUGAUGACAUCUUUGGGCCUGUCAUUGGGAAAUCGAGAAGGGUGAAGCUUGGCGAGCUUGAGGAAGAAUUCUUGAAGAUCGGGUGGACUGAGGAUACUGUCAAACACGGUGUGAUCCAGGCGUGUGCUGCGAGCGACACCCCGAAGAGUGGAACUACCUGGAUUGCGAACCAAACUUGGGGUGUUGAAGUGGUCAAUGGCGAACGAAGGUAUGCACGACACAUCAAGUUCACUGGUCCUGCAGGCGAAGACAUCCAAGCCCGCCUUGUCUAUGACUAUGAGCCCCGCCCAUUCCUCGAUAUUGACGUGACGUUCAGAGGGUGCCACUUCGAAUUCCCGCUCGAGUCGACGUUAAUAAGACUAACCCAGCACUUUACCAGUCCUUGGCUACUAGCCGCACUCAUUGCUGGAUAUAUCAUCGGGCUCGCAUUUUUUAUACGGGCCCAAUCAUAUCUCACACCAUCAGAUGCCUUCAUCGGGUGCACUGAUACCUUCUGGCUGGCCAAUAAUGGGUGUGGCCUUAAUGGAGAGUCAUGUACACCGUUCAACGACUCGUCCUUGGACUUCCGAUGUCCAGCCCAAUGCUCAACCGUCACUCUCCAAAAUCCUCGAACUGUCGGAGACGAACAAAUAGCAUACAAGCCGUUGGUAGUUGGCGGCGGUGAUUCCAAUGCGACUUACCGUGGGGAUUCAUUUAUUUGCGCAGCUGCUGUACAGGCUGGACUCAUCAGCGAUAGCAAAGGCGGUUGCGCGUCAUUAGAAUUAAUCGGGAGUUACAUUAACUUCCUACCGACAACGGGUCACGGAAUCACGUCCAUCGGUUUCGCAACCGUCUUCCCUCUUUCAUUCCGAUUCCUGGACUGCACGUUGCUAACACAUUGCACUGACUAUCGCAACCCCGCCUUGGUCUUUAAUAUCCUUGUCACCUGCCUUUUGUUCCUCGUCUUACGGCCCAAACCUCUUGUUCUAUACUGGUGCUUAAUAUGCAUUGGCUUCUGGCAUAUCUCCCUCUUUUCGCAGCCACAAGCAGCUCCACCAGAUCUCAGUGCCGCGUUUGGGACUUUCCUCCCAGUGCUGUUCAUUGCAUACGUCUUCUGGCGCCUUGCAUUUCGCUUCAUCCUACCCAUGUACACCAAAGCGCCUAUCGAGUACAUGGUGUGGUACUUGGGUCCGUACUGGGUCGGGGUGCUCUCAUAUAUCACUCUCGAAGCAGCCAUCCCCAUCAACCGUCUAACAUCAUCGGACCUUGCCAAACGCUCGGGUGCCAUUACGGCGUUGGUGGUGAUCGUCAUCGUUGUCACGGUGCUGGUUCUUAACCAGGUCCGUGUUAUUCGUAAGACGGGGUGGCUUCCGUAUUAUGCUGGGUGGUAUGUCGUUGGUGGUUUGGUUGUGAUGGUUCUCGCGUUGCUGCCUGGCUUGGAGAUCAGACUGCACCAUUAUAUCGUCGCUAUGGUCCUGAUACCCGGAACGGCUUUCCCCACGAGGCUGUCAGCCGUAUAUCAAGGACUGCUACUCGGCCUGUUUUUGAAUGGCGCUGCGGCGUAUGGCUUUGACUCAAUAUUACAGACAGCAGAGGAGCUUCAACAGGAUGCGCCUUCAGGAUCGGAACUGCCCACUUUCCUUACUAACUCGACUAAUUACAAUGCUUCCAUACCAUUCGAAAACCAGACGAUCGCGUGGGAUUCCUUGCCGGCCGGAUGGGAUGGGUUUGCCCUUCUGGUGGACGAUGUUGAGCGAUACGUAGGCACGGCUCUCAACUUCUCCUUGGCGGCGUUCAAUGCGUCUCUGCCGCACUUCUUCAGGCUAGCGCUAACAUCAGGGGAUGACACAGGUGACUUCACUAUGCCUGCAAUACUAUGGCCGAAUGGAUCCUGGGUAGAUCCACUACCAGGUCCUUCAUGAAACCUUCCCUUCCCUAACAGCAUUCGAACACCCACGGACUAUAUCGGAUUACAUGUAAUAUUACUGGCUUCUGUAAAAUCCCUCUUA